AUGGUAUCAAACCGCCCUAAUGCAUCAUUAACUUCCUCGGAAAAGAAACGUCUCCGUGACAGGAGAGCCCAAGAAAAUCUUCGAAAGAAACGAGAGAACCGUAUCAGAUACCUCGAAGAACGGGUGGAAUUUUCCUUCGUCGGGAAAAAUGACUUGUUGCGAGCUCGACAGGACCAAUUGCGGAACAUGAUUGCUGCUUGGGAUGCAGAUGAGAUUGGAGUAGCCUCGUCGGUGACAUCCCAGCAACCGCGACGGUUGGAGAAUGUAGGGCCUGACAUCAAUCCAAGGACUGCCUGUCAGUGUGAUCAACAGGGAAAGGAAUUAGCAGCGACUCCAAAUUCAGUUGGCGACUUCGAGAUAGCGGAUCUUAAUGGUCAGACUGAGACCUUCACUCGAACGACCGGACUGACUCUAGAGUAUGCUGGAGCUGAUCCUGGACUUGGUCAUCUCAACGGCGUACAACGAGUUGAAGCUACUGUACCAAACUUACCCCUAGCCAUUCAACUGCCGGAAUUACCUCAUUCUUCCGCUGUCCAUGCUCUGCCUAGCACUGUUCCCGCUUGGUGUCUGGUCCCAAUGAACGAGUACGGGCAUGAUCCGUCCUUGAUGCCAGCCACAUCGCCAUGGCUCACUCGUCCGGAACUCGUCAUUGCUUGUCCGCCUGUCCCAGCGCCAUUAGACCUUCUCCACGGGACUCGGCGCAACUACUUGGCCAACGAGAUCCACUGUGCAAUUCGACGGCGAGCAAUUCGCGAUGCGGAGUGCGUCGCACUGGGCUGGCUAAGUUAUGUCUACAGUAAAUGGCGUGUCUCUCCCAACCCCGCGACGUUUGCGCGUCUGGCACCUUUCCAACAACCAGUCAUGACGCAGAUCCAGCAGGGUCACCCGACAGCAUUGGAUAAUGUAAUUUGGCCGCAGCUGAGGGUCAAUAUCAUCAGGAACUGGACCAAGUACGACUUCGCUGAACUCACGGGUUAUCUGGGCUGUUGCACCAAAGUGCGCUGGCCGUGGGGUGAGGAUAUGCUGGAGCGUGAUGCGGAUGAUAAUCUGCAGAUUCGUCAGGAGUUUUACGAAGUGUUUACCCGUGAGAGCGGAUGGGGCUUGACGUCGGAGUUCAUUGAUAAAUAUCCGGAGCUGAUGGAAGGCCUGGAUGUCGAGGCUUUGCGGUCUCGGAUGAUUCUUCCUAGUGAAGUAGAGUAA